GCGCGGACGAUCAUAUAUGUGCAUGCAUGUGCACUUAGCUUGUUCUCGAUCGAUCAUCAAACUCCGGUCCUCGCACACUGCACACGUACAGGCGGUGGACGACGACAGUAGAAUAUCGAUCCGAUCCGACCGAGACAGCCGUGCCAUGGCUUCUUCCUUCGGCGAGGCCCCCGUCGGUGACGCCGGCAGCGGCGAGAAGAUCUUCCGCACCAAGUGCGCGCAGUGCCAUACGGUGGAGCGAGGCGGCGCGCACAAGCAGGGGCCCAACCUGCACGGCCUCUUCGGCCGCCAGUCCGGCACCACCCUCGGCUACGCCUACUCCACGGCCAAUAAGAACAUGGCCGUCGUCUGGGAGGAGACCACCCUGUACGACUACCUCCUCAACCCCAAGAAGUACAUCCCGGGCACAAAGAUGGUCUUCCCGGGGCUCAAGAAGCCCAAGGAGCGCACCGAUCUCAUCGCCUACCUCAAGGAAUCCACGGCGGCUUAAUUAUUAUACAUACAUAUAACGUUAACAUGGUAAUUGCGGCUCCUCCUCCACCCCUUCUCCACGCACGCCUCGCCCACACGCACCUGAAGGACACAAUCUCGUGUCUCCGCC